GCACUCUGGCCUGCUCGCUCGGCGCGGCUCGGCUUCCUCCCCGACAUCUUCUGAUUUCCUUUGUUUUUUGUGUAAUUGCUGCAUGUGCAGUAUCACUCCGGCACCCCCACCCACGCCGAGUUCUCCCCUCACCGAAGCCGCCAGGAGUCUAAACAGCGAGGUCUCCCAGACCUUUCGCCCACCAUGACAGCAGCAGAGAAGAAGAACGACCGUCUCAGCUCAUCCCCCUCGCAGACCGAGGUCGAGCUCAGCGAAAUGCCCCGCGCCGCCGGCCUCGAACACAAGCAGGCGGCGGGCGGUGCCGCCAACGAGCGCCUUGAGGUCUCCAAGAAGCUGGCGAACCCCCUGGCCGGCCUGACCGCCGAGCAACUCGCGGCCAUGGGCGAGGACUAUGCCAGGUUGGCCGGCCUGACGAGCGAAGAAGACGUGCGAGCCUUCCGCCUGGGCGCCAUCAUUGCCGGAGACCACGCCCCGUACGACCAGAUUCCGGAGCUCACGGCCCGUGAGAGGGAGGUCCUCCAGAGAGAGACGACCCAUAAGUGGUCCAACCCCAGCAUGCUCUACUGGGUCGUCGCCAUCUGCUCCCUCUGUGCCGCCGUCCAGGGUAUGGACGAGACGGUUGUCAAUGGCGCCCAGAUCUUCUACAAGCAGGUGUUCGGCAUCGGCACCAACAGGGAGCGCGAUACCUGGCUUGUAGGCCUCGUCAACGGCGCCCCCUACCUGUGCUGCGCCGUCAUCGGCUGCUGGAUCACCGACCCCAUGAACAGGGCCUUUGGCCGCCGCGGCACCAUCUUCAUCUCGUGCCUCAUCUCCGCCCUGGCUUGCUUCUGGCAGGCCUUCACAAACACCUGGUGGCACAUGUUCAUCGCCCGCUUCUUUCUCGGCUUCGGCAUCGGCCCCAAGUCCGCGACCACGCCCGUCUUCGCCGCCGAAUGCUCCCCCCCAAAGCUCCGAGGCGCUCUGGUCAUGCAAUGGCAAAUGUGGACAGCCUUCGGCAUCAUGAUCGGCUACGUCGCCGACCUGGCCUUUUACUUCGUCCCCGACAGCGGCAUCGAGCUCGGUCUCAACUGGCGCCUCAUGAUGGGCUCCGCCUUGCUCCCCGCCGUCGUCGUCUGCCUGCUCGCCUUCAAGUGCCCGGAAUCGCCGCGCUGGUACCUCAGCAAGAACCGCCACGGUGACGCCUUCGACUCGGUCUGCCAGCUGCGCUUCGAGAAGGUCCAGGCCGCCCGCGACCUCUUCUACACCUACACCCUGCUCCAGACCGAGAAGCAGGCAAUGUCCAUCGGCACCGGCAACCGCGUCAAGGAGCUCUUCACCAUCCGCCGCAACCGCAACGCCAUGGUGGCCAGCGAGAUUGUCAUGUUUAUGCAGCAGUUCUGCGGUGUCAAUGUCAUUGCCUACUUCUCGUCCGAAAUCUUUGUCCAGGCCGGCUACAGCAACGUCUCGGCCCUCGCCGCCUCGCUCGGCUUCGGCGUCAUCAACUGGCUCUUCGCCAUCCCGGCCUUCUACACCAUCGACACCUUUGGCCGCCGCAACCUCCUCCUGACCACCUUCCCGCUCAUGGCCUUCUUCAUGUUCUUCACCGGCUACUCCUUCUGGAUCCCCGAGAGCAGCAGCGCCCACAUCGCCUGCAUCGCCCUGGGCAUCUACCUCUUCGGCAUGGUCUACUCCCCCGGCGAGGGCCCCGUCCCCUUCACCUACUCGGCCGAGGCCUACCCGCUCUACAUCCGCCCCAUCGGCAUGUCCCUCGCCACCGCCACCACCUGGCUCUUCAACUUCAUCCUGGCCCUCACCUGGCCCCGGAUGCUGGUCGCCUUCACCCCGCAGGGCGGCUUCAGCUGGUACGCCGGCUGGAACAUCGUCGGCUUCUUCCUCGUCCUCUUCUUCGUCCCCGAGACCAAGGAGAAGACCCUCGAGGAGCUCGACGGCGUCUUCGACGUGCCCCUCCGCCGCCGCGCCGCCCAUGGCGCCCGCCAGGCCGUCUACUUCUGCCGCCGCUACCUCCUCCGCCAGUCGGCCGUCGACAAGCCCGCCCCGCCCCACGAGGAAUCCGUCCGUGGUGUUGCUGAUCCUACUGCCGGCUUCACCAAGGAGAAGGGCGCCUCCUUGAGGGAGAAGGUGACCGAACCCCCGGGUGUCGCCCAGGUCUGAUCUGAUUUUUUUUUUUUCAUUUCGAGGCUUGCAUUUGCAUGCAUGUAGUGAAAUGGAUUAAAUGGGAGAGAAAAAAAAGAUCUUGAGUGGAUGGGUUGGACGACGUGAUAUAUGUGCACAUGAACGACUAGGCUCUUGAAUGACC